AUGGCGAUCUCGAGAACUCUUGCCCUUGCUUGCGCGCUCCCGCUCCUCGCUCUCCUCGUGACUUCACACUUCGUCAACGUCUCUGCUGACGUUUCUCUCGUGGGAUUCUCCUCCUCUGACGUCGUUAGCUAUGCAGACGCCUGUCGGCCCGUCUCCCCCCGCGUCGCCGUCCCCCAAGUUCGGAAAGUCCCCCAAGACGCCCGCGGGCCCGCGACCGGCGUGACGCCGCCGCCGAAGAAGGUGAGCGCGGCAGACGCGGGCGUGAAGGCGGACCUGGCGGCGGCGGCGAAGCUGGUGGACCAGGCGAACGCCGUGUCGACCGUGACGACUUACAAGAAGAGCUUGACCGACACGGCGCAGGCGCUGCGCAACGCGGGCAUUCUGAUCGACCAGGGGCAGCGCACGCUGGUGCCGGGGCAGAUCACCAACGCCAUCUCCACCAUCAAGGGUGUCUCCGUUAUGCUCAAACCCGCUACCGAUAAGGCCACGCUCGGCCUGCUCAAGUCUGCGCAAACCAAGGCGGAAUCCGCCCAGGCCGCUUUCAAGCCCUAG